AUGGGUCAGGUGGAUGUCGAAGAGUGGCGGACAGGCCUGUGGCUCCAGGCCCUGCAAGCCCAGCCCUCAGUGGUGCUGGAGGAAGCCGCUGCCACGGCGGCCGCCCUCCAGCGACGCUUCUGCACCAGCAGGAUAGAGGCCUUUCGCUUCCUACCCGCUGUGGCGUCGAUGCUGGGCACGCUGCGGUCCAGCUGCCUCACCACCGUCAUCAUCACCAAUGGCCACUCUGACGUCCAGGCGUCCAAGCUGGAGGCCUGCGGCGCCCGCAACCUGGUGGAUUAUGUCAUCAUCGGGGGUGACGAGGUGGCGGCCGGGCGAUACGAGAAGCCGCACCGCUCGAUCUAUGACAGAGCCUGCCAGCUGGCGGGCUGCACCCCCGAUCAGGCCAUCAUGGUGGGCGACAACUACAUCUGCGAUGUGGUUGGGGGUCAGGAGGCUGGCCUUCUUGCCACAGUGUGGAUCAAUGAAACCGGCAAGGCGGUGCCUGAAGGCGCAGCCGUGAUGCCCACGUUCACCGUGUCCAGUGUCGUAGAGCUCCCCGCCCUGAUUGAUCAGCUCAAUGCCGGCCCGCCGCGGUGA